AGUAGAAUUAAGACAUCCGGGAUAAAUGACUCAGCUGAGCUCAAUGAAGCCAAAACAUGUGCGUCCAGGAUUAAUUGGUUGCACAAAGACCAAGCCAGGAUGAGCAGACACGGAUUCAUUAAGCCAGGUGAAACCAAUCCUGGAUAGGUGCGCGCUCACGGCUCAGUCAAAUAGACCACGCCACAGAUUAACUGAUUUACCAUGGCAACUAGAGCCGCGUACUUUUCCCCGUCGGAAGCACAAAUCCUCAUGGAGGCAUACGAGGAGGUAAAAUAUAUAAUUAAGAAGAAAGGCAACACCGCCACAGUGAUAAAGCAAAGAGAAAAAGCGUGGCAAAGUAUUGCAGACCGCCUGAAUGCAUUUUUUUUAUUUUCCCAGCAAUCAGUACAACCAAGUCAUCGUUAUAAGGCAUCGCCCUCUUUUGCCCACCCCCCCAGCACCAGGUGUGGCCACUAGCCUAUAUGAAGGCCCAAAAUUGUGUGUUCCUUUCUGCUCUGACAAUGGCAUGCCCAUUCGUGCGAGAUGUGGUGGAUGAAGAAGCACUUGUGCUGAGGAGAGCCUUCAGGCGAGAAAGGGUCUUCAGGGACCGGUUGGACCCACUGGCCUUCCCUGAUGACCAUCUAUAUGAAAGAUACAGGUUUUCUGCAGAUGGCAUCAGGUAUCUAUGCAGACUACUGGGUCCCAGGAUUAAGCACCGCACUGCACGGAGCCAUGCACUGAGUGUGGAGCAAAUGGUUUGUGUGGCCUUGCGCUUUUUUGCUAGUGGAGCCUUCCUGUACUCAGUGGGGGAUGCAGAACAGCUGAACAAGGCCACAAUUUGCCGCACAAUAAGGAGUGUGUGUCUGGCUAUCAAAGCAUUAGCAGAUGUCUUCAUCUCCUUCCCUGGCCACAGAAGACUCUGUGACAUCAAAGAGGAGUUCUAUAGGAUUGCAGGUUUCCCCAAUGUCAUUGGUGCAGUGGACUGCACACACAUAAGGAUAAAAGCCCCCUCAGGUGCCCAUGAGGCCGAUUUUGUGAAUAGGAAAUCCUUUCACAGCAUUAAUGUUCAGAUGGUCUGCAAUGCUGACUGUGUGAUCAGCAAUGUUGUGGCAAAAUGGCCUGGCUCAGUCCAUGACUCCAGAAUCUUUCGGGCCUCUGAAAUCUAUCAGUGCCUAAUCACAAGGUGAAUUCUCUGGUGUGUUGCUGGGAGACAGGGGGUAUGGCUGCCAGCCUUUUCUCCUGACACCUUUCACAGACCCCCAGGAAGCACAGCAGGCCUACAACCAUGCCCAUGCCAGGACCAGGGCCAGAGUUGAAAUGACCUUUGGCCUCCUGAAGGCACGCUUUCACUGCCUUCACAAAUUAAGGGUCAGCCCUGUUAGGGCAUGUGAUAUUACUGUGGCUUGUGCUGUCCUCCACAAUGUGGCCUGCCUGAGGAAGGAGAGGGCCCCCAGAGUGCCACCAGCCAUGGACUGGGACAAUCCGGCAAUCUUCCCUGAUGACGACAGUGGUCGGCUGCUGAGGGACCAAUAUGUGUUGAAUUAUUUUAGUUAGUAUGUGUGCUUUAAAUUUUGGUUAAAUAUGUCCUGCGGUGGCAGAGGAAUUUGGUUUUUUUUUGGGUUCGUUUUUUUACGAAUUUGGCCUCUUAUGAUGUUUGUGCGGUAUACUGUGUGUAAUACAAGGCUGCAGGGAGGCUACUGCAUCCAUUCAUUUGUCUGUUCAGUUGAUGUGUAUGGAUUUGUCCUGCAUUUAUUUUAGUGUGCAGACAUGCAGGGUGUGUUAUAUACAGACCUUUGAAUGUGUAUGUAUCAUUUUGUAUAAUAUGCUUGGAUUCUGUGCUUUCCAUCUUGUAGAGUCACUGUGACUUCAGUUUCGAAAGGAGCUGAUGGUUUACCUGCUUUGUUUUGUCCUUAUUCAAUAAAGGAACAUAAUGUUACACAUUGUGUUUUUAUAUUCA